CAAAACCAUACAUAAAACUGGCGGGAAUGUCUCUCGAUCUUCCCCCACCCUGGCUCCUGUCCGAACUCCGAAGAAGCACACAAGUGCCGCUGGGCCAGAACCAUGAACAAUGGCAACGUCAGGAAGCGUUCGGCACCGGCGCCUCCAGCAGCACCACCGCAGUCGUCUCCAGCUCAACAGCAACAGCAGAAGCACCGAGCAGCCAUGGAAGACGAAGACCUCGACGAGGACGUAUUCCUCGACGAAACCCUGUUGUCUGAGGACGAAGAGUCCCUCAUUCUCCGCGACAUCGAGGAACGUCAAGCUCUCGCCUCCCGCAUUUCGAAGUGGAGACGCCCAUCACUCUCUCAGUCUUAUGUUUCUCAAUCCCAGAGCAUCAUUUUCCAACAAUUGGAGAUUGAUUAUGUGAUUGGAGAGAGUCGCAAGGAGCUGAUGCCGAAUUUACGGGGGCCGGCUGCAAUUAUACGAAUAUUUGGAGUGACAAGGGAAGGACAUAGUGUUUGCUGCCACGUUCAUGGAUUUGAGCCAUAUUUCUACAUCAGCUGCCCUCCUGGAAUGGGACCUGAUGAUAUCUCCCAUUUUCAUCAUAUCCUUGAGGGGAGGAUGAGGGAGGUGAACAGGAACAGUAAGGUUCCCCAGUUUGUUCGACGCAUUGAAAUUGUACAGAGAAAGAGCAUUAUGUAUUACCAACAACAGAAUUCUCAGCCUUUUCUCAAAGUUGUAGUUGCAUUGCCAACAAUGGUUACCAGCUGCCGCGGCAUUCUUGAUAGAGGAAUACAAAUUGAUGGUUUUGGUAUGAAGAGCUUCAUGACGUAUGAAAGCAAUGUUCUUUUUGCUCUUCGUUUCAUGAUUGAUUGCAACAUUGUUGGUGGCAAUUGGAUUGAAGUUCCAGCUGGAAAAUACAAGAAGACAAUAAAGAAUUUGUCAUAUUGCCAAUUAGAGUUUGAUUGCCUGUAUUCAGAAUUGACCAGCCAUGUCCCAGAAGGUGAAUUCUCAAAAAUGGCACCAUUCCGUGUAUUGAGUUUUGACAUUGAGUGUGCAGGGCGCAAAGGUCUUUUUCCUGAGCCUACCCAUGACCCCGUUAUCCAGGUGGCCAAUCUUGUUACAUUGCAAGGAGAAGACCAGCCAUUUGUUCGAAAUGUCAUGACACUUAAGUCAUGUUCUCCGAUAGUUGGCGUUGAUGUGAUGUCAUUUGACACAGAAAGAGAAGUCUUGCUAGCUUGGAGGGAUUUUAUACGGGAAGUGGACCCAGAUAUUAUCAUUGGUUAUAACAUCUGCAAAUUUGAUUUGCCAUAUCUUAUUCAGAGAGCUGAAGCGUUAGGAAUAGCAGAAUUUCCUAUACUGGGCCGCAUCAGAAGCAGUAGGGUCCGUGUAAAAGAUACAACUUUUUCCUCAAGACAGUAUGGAACAAGGGAAAGCAAAGAAGUGACUGUGGAGGGGAGAGUUCAAUUUGAUUUGCUUCAGGCUAUGCAAAGGGAUUAUAAGUUAAGUUCAUAUUCACUCAAUUCUGUUUCCGCGCACUUUCUUGCAGAGCAGAAAGAGGAUGUUCACCAUUCAAUAAUAUCUGAUCUUCAGAACGGGAAUGCAGAAACUCGAAGGCGUCUCGCUGUUUAUUGUUUGAAGGAUGCUUAUCUCCCACAGCGGCUUUUAGACAAAUUGAUGUUUAUUUACAAUUAUGUCGAGAUGGCUAGAGUUACAGGUGUCCCCAUCUCUUUCCUUCUUUCCAGAGGGCAAAGCAUCAAGGUACUUUCUCAACUUCUUAGAAAGGCAAAACAGAAGAACCUUGUUAUUCCAAAUGUUAAACAGGCAGGUUCAGAACAAGGAACAUUUGAAGGUGCAACCGUUCUGGAAGCCAAGGCUGGGUUCUAUGAGAAACCAAUUGCAACAUUAGAUUUUGCAUCUUUAUAUCCAUCAAUCAUGAUGGCAUAUAAUUUAUGCUACUGUACUCUGGUUACACCUGAAGAUGUUCGCAAGCUCAACCUCCCUUCAGAAUGUGUCAACAAGACUCCAUCUGGUGAAACAUUUGUCAAAGCAACUUUACAGAAGGGUAUACUUCCAGAAAUUCUUGAAGAACUGUUGACUGCUCGUAAAAGAGCAAAGGCAGAUCUGAAGGAAGCAAAAGAUCCCCUUGUCAAGGCUGUGUUAGAUGGUCGCCAACUGGCUUUGAAGAUAAGUGCAAAUUCAGUAUAUGGUUUUACGGGAGCUACCGUUGCCCAGUUGCCUUGUCUAGAAAUAUCUUCCAGUGUUACAAGCUAUGGUCGGCAAAUGAUUGAACACACAAAGAAACUUGUGGAAGAGAAGUUUACUACAAUUGGGGGCUAUGAAUACAAUGCUGAGGUUGUUUAUGGGGAUACAGAUUCAGUCAUGGUUCAAUUUGGUGUGCCUACUGUAGCAGUAGCAAUGGUGUUGGGGAGAGAAGCAGCUGAAUUUAUAAGUGGGACUUUCAUAAAGCCUAUUAAACUUGAGUUUGAGAAGGUUUAUUAUCCAUAUCUAUUGAUUAGCAAGAAGAGAUAUGCUGGUCUGUUUUGGACAAACCCGGACAAGUUUGACAAAAUGGAUACUAAAGGCAUUGAAACAGUUCGAAGGGACAAUUGUCUGUUAGUUAAAAAUCUGGUGAAUGAAUGCCUUCAUAAAAUCCUGAUUGACCAAGACAUUCCUGGUGCUGUUCAGUAUGUCAAGAAUACAAUUUCAGAUCUUCUCAUGAACCGCAUGGAUUUGUCAUUAUUGGUUAUUACUAAGGGUCUGACAAAAACAGGGGAUGAUUAUGAGGUGAAGGCAGCUCAUGUUGAACUUGCUGAACGCAUGCGCAAGCGUGACGCUGCCACGGCUCCAAAUGUGGGGGAUCGGGUACCUUAUGUCAUCAUUAAAGCUGCAAAGGGUGCCAAGGCCUAUGAAAAGUCAGAAGAUCCCAUCUAUGUGCUGGAAAAUAACAUACCUAUAGACCCUCAAUAUUAUCUUGAAAAUCAAAUUAGCAAGCCACUUUUGAGAAUUUUUGAGCCUAUUUUGAAGAACGCAAGCAAAGAACUUCUCCAUGGAAGCCACACGAGAUCAAUUUCCAUAUCCACUCCUUCAAAUAGUGGCAUAAUGAAAUUUGCUACAAAACAACUUGGUUGCAUUGGCUGCAAAGCUCGAAUCAGCAACACAGAUCGAACUCUCUGUUCUCACUGCAAGGGAAGAGAAGCUGAACUCUAUUGCAAAACAGUGGCUAAUGUUGCUGAGUUAGAGAUGCUUUUUGGGAGGCUGUGGACGCAAUGCCAGGAGUGCCAAGGCUCUCUUCAUCAGGAUGUGCUCUGCACAAGUCGUGAUUGUCCAAUAUUUUACCGGAGGAAGAAAGCACAAAAAGAUAUGAAUGAAGCAAGGCUACAAUUAGAUCGAUGGAACUUUUAGAAGGUUUGGUUUAUGAAGGUCUUGGCCGUCUGAAUUGGCUGGCACCAAUUUAAAGAUUGCGUCUUAAUAUGAUGAUACAAACUCAGUAGAGAGUUGGAUCCAUUCAAGUGUUGAGUUUACAGUGUUGUUCUUUGUGUUUUGCUGAGUUGUAUAUGUGUUUGUAUGUUGAUUGGGAUUCAAGGUAAAUAAUUUGUUGAAUUUUUUUUGUUGGUUAUUUUAAGUUAAAGAUGAGUAGAUGGUCAAUUUUAGAA